AAUGAAGGAUUGUUGUUUUCAAUAAGAAUAUUAAACCGUUUUACGCUCUGCGGAUCUCUGGCAUAAUCAUAUUUUGCACAUACUACAUUGCUGGUCUCUGUGUGGGCAGUUAUUUGUUGUUACUAUUUAAAAAUAAUUAACAUUUCUGCUGUUGACUAAAUAAGAAUUCGCUUCCUGGCCUGGUUUAGAUAAUAAUUGAAACUGGUCUCCAAAAUGGAUGACAACAAGAUGGUGGGAGGCAAAGUGAAGAAGCCAGGAAAGCGAGGACGUAAACCAGCCAAAAUCGACCUAAAGGCGAAAUUAGAGAGGAGUCGACAGAGUGCACGAGAAUGCAGGGCAAGGAAGAAGCUACGCUACCAGUACCUGGAGGAACUGGUCUCCAGCAGAGAGAGAGCUAUCUGCGCACUUCGAGAAGAGCUGGAAAUGUACAAGCAGUGGUGCUCUGCAAUGGAUCAGGGCAAAAUCCCAUCAGAAAUCAAGGCAUUGCUGACAGGGGACGAGUAUAACAAAGCACCACAAAGCACAAGCAAGCCACCCAAAAAUGGAAAGAACAAUGGAAACAACAAUAUUCUAUAAGGAAGAUGUUUUUCAUCAAAGGAAUUGUGAAGAAAGAUUCUGGCAUAUACAGUAUUUGGGUAAAAAAAAAAAAAAAAAAAAAGACAAAAUGCUUCCAUAUUUUAUAUUAGAUAAUAUAUGUAUAUGGGAUAAUGCAAUGUCUACUAUCUUUAGUAGAUUGCAUGGUAAUGUGUUUAAUGCUGCUGAAGUUUGAAAUGUUGUCAUUUAUUGUGUUCUGCUAUAAUGAAUGUGAUUUAAAAGGAGUAUUUCUUACUGUUUAAAAGCCUGUUUUUGGCCUUUCAUAGGUACCAUUUUCACUUCUCCCUCCAGCUGUCUAAGUACUGGCACCCCUGUAUUACUAGCUGGAGUUUCUUUUAUUUUCACUAAAUACAAUAUCAAGCUGGAACAAGGUCUGCAGUAGAGGUGUUAAUAUCAGCUGCUCUUUAGAUCAUUAAAAUAGACCAAAGCAGUGAGUAUAAAGCUACUGUUCCAGAUGUACCACAUUGCUUACAGAUCCAUUAUGAACCAGAUCAGGUUUGCUUUUCCACAUGUACUUGUGUAGUUGUCCUGUCAAGAUCAUUUGACCAGCCACAACUACAAGAUUACUUGAUCAUAUAUAAGUGGUAAACAGCUUAAGUUUUAUAUUAUUGAAUAAAAUACAUCUCCACAUUGCUCUAUUAGUUCAAAAACAGUGGCAACUUUAAAUAUUUCUUUAACAGGGGGAUAGGUGGUGCUGUGCCUUUGAGAAUAUAAGUAAGGUAACACUUACAAUGAUAUUAGAUUGUUCAAAAGUUUGAAGCAUUCCAAAACAACGGUACUGUCUUGUGUGGUCUGUUUGGGGCUGUAGUUUUAAAAUAAACCCACAAAUGAGUUUAUGUUUAUGUAGAAGGCAGGGUUUGACCACAAUU